CUUAAUCCGAAGCCGGUUUCUCCAAAAACUGGCUUCUGUUUCUUUCCUAUAAAUAGAUUACCCAUCAAAAGCCCUCUUCUUCAUCUCUAUCACACGGUCGCUUGCUUACAAAUCUCACUGUCAGUUCCUUUCUUUUCUGUUAUUUUAAGAAAUAUUUCAUGUCUCCCACGGAAAUGGCAAUGACAAACGACGAUGCAAAAGAAGCUAAUGAGUUCCAGAAAGGAGUAAGGCAUCUUCUUGAGAAUGGAGUUAGGAAACUUCCUAGUAAGUAUGUAUUGCCGUUAUCUGAUCGACCCAGUGUGGAUAAAGAGCAGCCAACUGUGGCUAAAUCUAGUCUUAAACUGCCCAUAAUUGAUUUUGCUGAAUUACAAGGCCCGAACCGGUCCCAAGUCCUCAACUCCCUCUCCUCUGCUUGUGAAGAAUAUGGGUUUUUUCAGGUAGUGAAUCAUGGGAUCCCCAUUGAAGUUAUAAGAAGCAUGAUUGACGUGAGCGCCAGGUUCUUCAAUCUCCCAUACGAGGAAAGAUCCAAGUACAUGUCUUCCGACAUGGCCGCACCUGUUCGAUAUGGAACAAGCAUGAAUCAGAAUAAAGAUGCUGUGUUUUGUUGGAGAGACUUCUUGAAGCUUGUCUGCCAUCCAUUGUCUGAUGUUGUCUCUCAUUGGCCUUCUUCUCCCAUGGACUUCAGGGAAUCGGUGGCCACCUACGCAAAAGAAACAAAGUACUUGUUUCUAAGAAUAAUGGAGGCCAUCCUAGAGAGCUUGGGCCUGUGGGGUGCCACCAAAGAUGACAGGACACCAGAAAAUGAUGAAAUCCUAAAGCAAUUGGGUGGUGGAAGCCAGCUAAUGGUGGUUAACUGUUUCCCUCCAUGCCCUGAACCUGACCUCACCUUAGGAAUGCCACCACACUCGGAUUAUGGAUUCUUAACCCUUCUUCUCCAAGAUGAUGUUGAAGGUUUACAGAUUCAAUACAAAGGAGAAUGGAUCACCGUUGAACCAAUGCACAAUUCUUUUGUUGUCAACAUUGGUGAUCACCUUGAGAUAUUCAGCAACGGCAGAUACAAAAGUGUGCUGCAUAGAGUUUUUGUGAAUCCUGCUAAGCUUCGGCUAUCAGUGGCCUUAUUGCAUAGCCUACCUUUCGGUUACAUGGUUAGGCCGUCGCCGAAACUAAUUGACGACGCUAAUCCAAGGCGCUACAAAGAUACAGAUUUUGCCACUUUUCUCCAUUACAUCUCAACCUGUGAGCCCAAGAAAAAAAACUUCUUGGAGUCUAGGAAAUUUACCUGACUACUUCCUUUUGUACAACAUCUAUAUUAAUAAAUUGGAUUAUGUCCCCCGUGAUGGUAUGUAA